GGAUUUUCCAUCGUAACUACUCAAUUCUCCACCUGGGCGCUGGUUUGCCAUUUCAUAUUUACCUUGUUUGUUCCUUUUUUUCUUUCUUUUUUUCUCCUUAUUUCUUAAUCCCAAGGAAGGACGAUAAAAACCCGCCGCCAUUAUGACGUCCAAUCAACAAGCUUCGUCUUCCCCGGCGGCGUCCCAAAAGAGACACGCUUUCUCAUGGUUUACCGACGCUAACUACUUGUCAACCGGCCCCAGUUUUGUGACCAAGUUCAUCCGGACCCAGCUCAAAACGCUGCCGGAGCCCAAGUCUGACUUCACCGGCAAGACCGUCAUCGUGACGGGCGGCAACAGCGGGCUGGGCCGGGAGGCGGCACGGUACUUUGCCCGGCUGGGCGCGGCCAAGGUGAUCCUGGCGUGCCGAGACACUGCCAAGGGCGAGGUGGCACGAGCCGACAUUGAGGUGUCGACGCGCAGCAGCCGGCCACCCAGCGCGGCGGGCGUGCGCCUGGCCGUCGAGGUGUGGCAGGUCGACAUGUCGAGCGGGUCGAGCGUGCGCGACUUUUGCGCCCGCGUCGAGCGCGAGCUGCCUAGGCUCGACUCGCUGGUCCUCAACGCCGGCGUCGCCAUCGGCGCCUUUGUCGAGUGCGAAGGUGGCUGGGAGAGCAGCAUCGCCAUCAACGUCAUCGGCACCUUUCUCAUGGCCGUCCUGUGCCUCCCGAUCAUGAGGCGGACCGUCGCCCAGCACAACGUCGCGCCGACGAUUGCGGUGGUGGCGUCGGACGCGCACGUCUUUGCCAGCUUCGCCGAGAGGAAGCGCCAGGGUCCCAUCUUUGACGCCUUCAAGAGCGCCACAGACAUGAACGAGGACCGCUACAACGUGACCAAGCUGCUCGACGUGCUGGUCGCCAGGGAGCUGGCCGCCAGGCUGGGUCCGGACAGCCCCGUCAUCGUCAAUUCGUUGAACCCGGGCCUGUGCCAGUCCGAGCUGUUCCGCCACUGCCCCUUCCCGCUCAGCGCCCUGCUCCGCCUCGGUCUGAUGAUCCUGGGCCGCAAGACCGAGGUCGGCGCCAGGACGCUGAUGGCUGCGGCGUCCGCCGGGCGCGAGACCCACGGCAAGUACAUGGACUCGUGCGAGCUCGCCGACGAGAGUGCGUUUGCCCGGAGCGACGAGGGCCGCGCCGCGGGAGUGAGGGUGUUUGACGAGUUGAUGGACAUCAUGGAAGGUUUCGCGCCCGGGGCGAGGGAAAACUUGAAGGCGUCGACUACGACGUCGGUAGCGACGGCACCGGCGAGUACAGCGCAGGCUUCCUCUUGAUCUGCUUUUGCGGUGCUCGUUGAGUAUCUGCAUACAAGUUUUGUAGUGUGACUUUUAGCAGUAUCUAUGUGGCUUGAGCUGACUAUAGUCCUUCAUCUAAGGUCGAUGAAUUGGUAACUCAUGGUACGUUUGCACUAUUAGGUGGCAUACUGUGACUGUCUCCGCCAGAACAAUUUAAUACUCAAAUUAUUGGCUUACACACUCAGUUGCAUAUUUCAGGAAGGAAAAAAUAAAAUAAAAAAGACAAGAGCAAAAGCUCAAACAGAAUAUCAUGCACUUGGAACUGUAUCGUUCAAUCAAUUGGAGGGCUCUGAACUGGGCCGAGCAUGACGUGAGUAGGAUUGGAAUACGGCAAACACUCGUGAUAUAUAUUCAUAUAUUCAUAUAUUGUUGGUACCCC